AUGAAAGUUUUAAAUAGAUUUCAUAAAUUCGGGUUUGGUAUCGUAUUUGGCUUUUUGAUUGGAUUUUUAUGGAGUUUGAUAUAUUCUUAUGAAGGCACUUCAUUUUUUCAUGAGACUUUAGUCAAGAAGGAAGUCCUUCCACAAGUAUACGUCAUAACACCCACCUACAGACGACAAGAGCAGUUGGCUGAUUUAACUAGAUUAGGGUACACGUUGAAGCAUGUUCCAAAUUUGUUAUGGCUAUUAAUAGAAGACUCUGAUUCACUAAAUCCACUUGUGGCGGAUCUUCUAAAGAAAAUUAAUGUUCCUUUCGUUCAUUUAAAUGGCAAGGUGCUUUCAAUUUUAAUCCCUAAUAGUUUGUCAUUCUCAAACAUUUCAGCAAGAAUACCCGAAGAAUACCAAAAAAAGAAAGGCAAACCUCGUGGAGUUUCGAAUCGUAAUCUUGGUCUUGAGUGGAUAAAAAAAAAUGCAACUGAUGGAGCAUUUUACUUUGCUGAUGAUGACAACACGUACGAUCCUGAGUUGUUUGAAGAAAUACGAAAAACUGUCAAUGUUUCAAUGUUCCCCGUUGGGGUUUGUACACCAUACCAAGUUUCGUCCCCUAUCGUUCGUGAUGGCAAGAUUAUUGGCUUUUAUGAUGGAUGGAAAGCUGGUCGGAAGUUUCCCGUUGACAUGGCAGGGUUCGCAGUUGGCGGAAAGUUUCUCUUAUCACGUCCAAAUGCAACAAUGUCAUUUGUAAUGGGAAAAGAAGAAGAAGAUUUUCUUAGAAGCUUAGAUCCAUUUGAAAUAUCUGAUAUAGAGUUGCUGGCAUCAAACUGUACAAAGAUUUUGGUUUGGCACACACGAACACAAAAGAAUGCUGAAGCACCAGCUAUUGAUGUGAAAUAUAACGACACAAACUUGGUAGAGUUAAGAAAAAUUCUCGUUCUUGUUUGGCAUACUCAAACAGUCAAGACGGAAAAAUCGAAACAAAUUGAUCAUGAAAAAUAUGGCAACACAAAUUUGGAGCAAUUAGCAAAACUUAUAGUUUAA